AUGCUUGACAGACAGUGCUGCAAGGUUCCCUUCUUGGUGAUAAUUGAUAAUUUAUACAUUGAGGACGGAAUAAAUGCUAAUGGUAUCCAUUUGUGGCUUGUACAGUCUCCUGAGAUCCAAACUAUGUACUCUCUUCAACUUCCCGUCUCCGCCAUCCGAACCAAGAUUAGACAAGAAUUUGAGCGACACCGAUAUGUAAAUCAGCUGCCAGUCGUCGAUGUUCUUCUAUUCCAAAGCCACAGCGAGUUUCAGGAAACCAUGAACUAUUGGAAACAGUUGUCCCAAUUGAUGAAAUAUUUCAGAGCUGAGGAAGACCCAUCAGCCAAACUACCCAAGAACUUCAUGUCUGGUUUCAUGGAGGUAUGUUGUUUGGGCAUAUUUUCCUUCCGUCUCACUCAAAGUAGCUCACUAGACUAA